CAUCCAUCCUCGAUUCAUCACAGCUUUCCGAUCGUUCUCACGACACGACGUACCAAUUUGAAAUGAAAACGGACGAGACGUUCGAUGCUUCCGCUCCUACCAGCGAUGCUUCUCAAGGUGCAGGAGAUGUUGGCAUUGAAAACGAAGAUUUUCUCCAUCUAGACGCUGACAAGAAAGAAGCGACGGAACUUGUGGAAUCCACCACAAACCCCCCUGAGAAUAUGCCUGCACGCGAGGAGGACGAGCCAACAAGAGACCGAAAACUAGGGGGGUUGUAUACAUACAGCACUACCACAACAACAGCGAAGGAGACACAUGUUGCAAGUGGAAAGUUGGGAGGAGUGUUUGAGAUGGUGGAACCGCCUCGAUAUGAUACUCGUCCAACAACAACAAGAAGCACCACUCCAAAGCUGGGAGCAGUCUACGUGGUAGGAGGAAAUAGCAGUGCACACUCCGUCGAUGCGGCAGGAAUUGAGGAACUGCCCAUCGCAGCAGGCUCAUCACAUGCGCAACAACCUCUUCCUGGGGCGUAUCCACAACGUGGCAUUGACCGACAAUUCUCCAGUGAUGCCAUGAGCUUCUCCAUGUUCACUGUCUAUAAUAACGAAAUUGAUGUGGACGAAUUCAUUUUGGACACGAUGUUGGAUGUCAACAACAACAACAACAACAACAACAACAAUUCACAACAAGACCCCAGGGAAACACAUCCGGAUGGGUUGGCAGUAGCACAACCCAUUUCAGCAUUAUCAUUAGAUCUAGCUCAAGCGGAGCCUGUGGAUGUGGAAGCAUUACAGGAAGAGCAAGAAAAGAGAGAAAACCGUCAAGAGCAAAGAACAAAACAAAACAAAAAACAAAUGUGCACAUUGGGAAUUGGAGUUCUCAUCUUGGUGGCCAUUGUCAUUGUGGUUAUCGUCCUGGUUGGUCCGGGUAAUUCAGCAGCUGCCAACACAGAAGUGGAACGAACCAGCAACAAUGCUACUACAGAAUCUUCUACUACAACUGCGCCGUCCGUUCCCGAACUACCCAUGAUAGCCUUGCUGCCAAAUUCCACACAAGACACUAUUCGAUCCAGCAUAGAAAUGAACGACACAACACCACAGCUGCAGGCUUACCAAUGGAUGCUCCAUGAUCCCAUGCUUGCCAAUUACUCCGAUGCCCGCCGCCUGCAGCGUUUUGCUCUGGCCACAUUAUAUUAUGCGACUGGCGGUGAUAAUUGGAAACUCCAAGGAGUCCAAGGAGGAGGCAAUAGUACAAUCGAGCUGUUUCAACCCGGUCGUCCGCCUCGACCUGGCGUUCCUCCUGCAGCUGAAACAACACCUGCUGCCAACGGGGGUCCAGGAGCCCCCCCUUCGGGUGGCAGUGGAGGUCCACCACCAGGAGAUCAAGGAGGUCCACCACCAGGAGGUCCAGGAGGUCCUCUCCCCAAUGGGCCUCCAAAGCCCAUAAUUAUUUACUCUGAAAAGUGGUUGUCAUAUGACACAAAUGAAUGUGACUGGUUCAAUGUGCUCAAGGUCGGCCCAGACAAAGAUGCAAUCUGUGAUGAGGAAGGAAACCUACUCGGGUUGGACCUGAUGCGGAACAACCUUGUGGGGAUUCUGCCACAAGAGCUUGGGCUCUUGUCCAAGUUGCAUACUUUGCAGCUUCGGCACAAUCAGAUGGAGGGAAACUUGCUUCCCAUUUUCAACCUCAAGAGUCUUAUGAGAGUACAUGUCAACGAAAACGAGUUCACAGGGACUCUUCCCACAGAAAUUGCAACCUUAUCAAGUACACUUUUGCACUUUUCUAUUCUUGAAAACAAUAUACACGGUACCAUUCCUUCAGAGCUUCUUCAACUGUCAAAGCUGACAUUGCUCAAGUUGUCCCGCAACAGGCUUACUGGUACAAUUCCCAGUGACAUUUGCCAGUUCAUGCCCAACCUCGAAGAAUUCAGAUUGGAGCGAAACAACUUCCAGGGCUUGCUUCCGCCAUCACUGAGUGUAUGUACCAAUCUAAAAUUUCUUGAAGUGACCGACAAUCAGCUCACAGGUAGCGUACCUGCACGAUUGGGUGACCUGACCAACUUGUACAAACUUGUCCUUGCGGAAAACCAGUUUGUUGGGAAUAUUCCAUCUGAGCUUGGGAUGCUCCGCCAAGUUGAAUUCCUCUGGUUCUACAACAAUCCCCAACUAACUGGGACCAUUCCUUUGGAACUAGAGAGUCUGAACACGACUCUGUGGGAACUGAGACUCAAAGGUACAUCCCUCACGGGGACCAUACCAAGUGGGCUUUGUGCGGUCCCAAGACUGGAGUUUGACUGUGCACCAGGGACACGCCUUUGUGGCUGUGACUGCCCUUGUCAUCCUUUGUAGUGACCACCUUGCAAUAAUGAAUUUACAAUAAUCCAAGUUAUGGCACAGUUUUCGAGAUC